UCUCUAUGGGUGUGGUGAAGGAGCAGCUCGGUGGAAGGCGAGCUGAGGGUGUGUGGCCCUUUAAAUCGCUUAAAAUUACUCACUUUAAGACUUUAUACAGUCCUUUAUUUGACAGUAAUCGCAAUGUGUGGGUUUUGAGAUAAGUUACACAGCGCUACGAGUGGCCAGAAGAGCGUGAAUCAGGUCCCAGCUGGUCUUCUCGUCCGCUGGUGUGAGUGGUGUAUCACAGUGGGACGAUGAGUGAACUGGAACAGUUACGGCAGGAGGCCGAGCAGCUACGCCAUCAAAUCCGGGAUGCCAGAAAGGCUUGUAGUGACUCGACUCUUUCACAGAUCACAGCAGGUCUGGACUCAGCUGGACGGAUACAGUUGAGGACAAGACGCACACUUCGGGGUCAUUUAGCCAAAAUCUAUGCCAUGCACUGGGGCAGUGACUCAAGGCUGCUUGUCAGCGCCUCCCAAGAUGGCAAAUUAAUCAUAUGGGACAGCUACACAACAAAUAAGAUGCACGCCAUCCCGCUGCGCUCGUCCUGGGUAAUGACAUGUGCCUACGCUCCCUUGGGCAACUACGUGGCCUGCGGAGGUCUGGACAACAUCUGCUCCAUCUAUAGUCUGAAAACCCGUGAGGGCAACGUCAGGGUCACCAGAGAGCUCCCUGGUCACACAGGGUAUUUGUCUUGCUGCCGCUUUCUCAGUGACAACCAGAUAGUCACCAGCUCUGGAGACACCACAUGUGCAUUGUGGGACAUUGAAACAGGCCAGCAGACCAUCGCCUUCACAGGCCACAGUGGGGAUGUGAUGAGUCUGUCCCUCAGUCCCGACAACAAGACAUUCGUUUCUGGAGCCUGUGACGCUUCGACCAAACUGUGGGAUAUUAGAGAUGGCAUGUGCAGGCAGACGUUUAUCGGCCACAUCUCGGACAUCAACGCUGUGUGUUUUUUCCCGAAUGGGAAUGCCUUCGCCACCGGUUCAGACGACGCCACCUGCAGGCUGUUCGACCUGCGCGCUGACCAGGAGCUUAUGAUGUACUCUCACGACAGUAUUAUCUGUGGCAUCACUUCUGUGGCCUUCUCCAAGAGCGGCCGCCUCCUGCUGGCCGGCUAUGAUGACUUUAACUGCAACGUCUGGGAUGCGUUAAAAGGGGAGCGUGCAGGUGUCCUCGCUGGUCAUGAUAACAGGGUCAGCUGCUUAGGGGUGACUGAUGACGGCAUGGCCGUGGCCACAGGCUCGUGGGACAGUUUCCUCCGAAUCUGGAACUGAGACGCUACCAGUGCUGGACUAAAGGAGGACUGACCAUCUGCAACCCCACUACAGAUAACAGCUGAGAGAACACCACUGUUUCUACCUUUGCACAACACUCCUUUUGUAUUCACUUACUACGACACAUUCCUGUGAAGAGGCCAGGCUGACUCCGGCGAGGUCAGACGGCACGUAUUCCGUAUUCCAGAAACGACAAAGGCCUCAUUGUGUUUUAUAUGUACAUACAGUAUAUAUAUGUAUAUGAAUAUAAAUAUGGUAUAUAUGUACAGCAGUAUGUGUGUAUAUGCCAUAUAGAUAUAUAGAUAUAUAUAUAUGCCUAUACAGUGGUAUUGUAUAUAUUUUUGUAGCCCUUCAGUUGUUGUUUUUUUUUGGACAAUUCAUUUACAGGAUAUGGUUUUUAAAAUAUUGCACUCAUGCCUAAAAAAAAUCCUUAAAAUAGUGAUUUUAGUGAAAAAUUCCCAGUAGGUUAUUAAAACACUGUCCAUUUAAUGCCAAUGGUGACUCCUAAAAUGGUGGUUUAAAUUGUAUUUGAAGUUAUUUUAAGGAACUGGUAUUUAAAAUACACAGUAUACAGAAAAUUUAAGUUAAGGCUUAUUGUGUGAUGCUGCAUUUUUGCUCCAAAACGAGGCUGAGAUCCAAGGCUCUCUGGAAAACCCAAUCAGUAUGUUGUGGGAAUCUUGGAAUAAGACAGAUUAGACUCUCAGAGUCAGGGUCAAGUUCUCAGCAUUAAUGUGAGCUUUAAUGUGAGUUGUUAAACUGUACGUAGAUCACAGUGACAGAACACUAAAAAGAAAAAGGUUUUAUAAUCCAGUUUCCCAGGCAGAGAUUAAGCCUAGUCUUGGACUGCACAACAUUUUGAAUGAAUAUUUUACUUUAAAGGAAAGCGAUGGAUGCUUUUCUAAGUCUGGGCUGCAUUCGGAGCAUUUUAAAGGAAGGAAGCAGCUGAUGUAUCCUUCGCAAAUCCUCAUUACCCUAAGUUUUCUGCGCAUGUCCAACAAGAGCGAAAAGUUGGAUGGAAAACUGGGUAAAAAUGACACAAAACAGACUUCCCGGUGCAUGUUAUUAAAUAAAAUUUUGAAAAAAAAAGGAAUGGAGCACUUAAAGCAAAGUUUCGCACCGAGACAUUUAUGAAUGACAUCACCAUAAAGCCUUGUUGGACACAGUUCUAUAUAAAUGACCAACAGUCUACUAUAAAGGACUACAGUCCUACAGAGGACAUGUCCUACCUUGACUGCAGCUAAGAUUAAGCCUAAUUGUAGACUAUAAAACACAGCUAUACAUAUUUGUGAAUAUUCCUUUAACUAUAUUAUUAUUAUUAACCCAAAAGAGCCCACGGUGACAUAUGUGCACAGACCCUUUAAAAGUGUAAAGUUAAAGUUACCCUAAAGUUACAUGAUGUACCGUACAACGUGACACACACUGAACAUCCUGAAUACAUCACAGGACAGUGUGUGUAAUGGGAUUAGGGCUUGAGAGAGAGAAAAAAAAAACAAAUUAUAAAAGCUCAUUAUAAAAGUUUCAACCCAUUUAACCAUUCACAUACUUUAAUAAAUUGCCAUAUUACAUAUAACUGAUUCUAACCACAAUAUAUAAAGCAAAGUGAUGCAAUAGAGCUUAUACAAUUGUUGUUGUGACAUAUGUUGCAUCAGCAUUUUAACCUUACAAGUAUUUACAAAAGAAGUCAUGUGACUAUAAGAAAUAAAAAAACUUAAAUAUGCAUUAAUGUACAGAACUGAGUCUGGGCUCUUAAGGGUUAAUUCUUUCAGCUAAUUUAACCCACACCCAUUUUCAUUGACAGUAGAGACGGUUACUCUUUUUUUUUUUUUUUUUUCACCCUGUAAAACUGUGAAUGAGCAAGUUUUCCCAAUACCUUUGUCUAUACAGUGCAUCUGCCUUUCUCCUAAACCUAACUGAUGCACAACUGACAGUUUUAAGAUGAACGGUUCGGACAAGAAAUACUAAUAAUCGCUUACAGUGAGCCUUUCAGGUAGUCAGAUCAAACUCCUGAGGUGAAUUAUAACUUUCUGGACCUGGAUUUGCCACCACUCCUGUCUGAUAUAACAUAACUCUACACAGUUCACAGUUUUGUACAAGAAACCAGGCCAGGCUUUUGCUAAGGCUUACUGUUUACUCUUAUUUACAUUCAGAACAUUUCUAGUGUACUUUUUUUUUUUUUUUUUUUUUUUUUUAUAAAGCAUUGUGGAUCAUGUCAACUACACCGAAGCCUUCUCUCAAACAUUAUUACAUGUAUUACAGCUAACUUUCUAACAAGUGAGCGCACUGGACACUGUGUGGGGUCAACCCUACUGAUCCAUAGGUUUGUAUUAUGAGAAAAAGAAGAGUAUUCUGCAUAAGACUCAACAGCAUUAACAGUGGAUGAUCAGUCGCUAAUACAAGAAACCGGAACAGUAUCUGCCAUUCCUGUGCCAAACCAGUUAAGUUCACCUGCUGACUUUUAAAGCAGAACUGCCAGAAAGAGCCCUGAAGUAAAAUAAGGAAUGAACUGCCAGAUCAUGUGAUUGUUUUUAUGUUUUGAGCCAGUAAAAUCAGGGCCUUCCUGCCUUGAUGUCUUUUAUAGUGCCAUAAUGUGGACUAAUCAUAUGUUCAGAAAUGAUUUUUAUAGUCUCUCACCAGUUUUUUGUAUUUGUACAGUGGCUUGGUGAUAAUGGUAUGUUGGCAUACGUUGAUAUUGCAUUCAAUAAAAAAAAUGGCUUUAACCAAA